AUGGGCGAGAGGAUGGGCGAGAGGAUGGGCGAGAGGACGGGCGAGAGGACGGGCGAGAGGACGGGCGAGAGGUCGGGAGGAGAGGACGGGGGCGGAGGGCGAGAGGACGGGCGACAGGAAGGGCGAGAGGACGGGCGAGAGGACGGGCGGGCGAGAGAGGACGGGCGAGAGGACGGGCGAGAGGACGGGCGAGAGGACGGGCGAGAGGGGGAGAGAGGACGGAAGAGAGGACGGAAGAGAGGACGGGGGCGAAGAGGACGAGAGGGCGAGGAGGGCGAGGACGGCGAGAGGACGGGCGAGAGGAUGGGCGAAGGGCGAGAGGACGGGCGAGAGGACGGGCGAGGAGGAGGGCGAGAGGACGAGGAAGGGCGAGAGGACGGGGCGAUGAGGACGGGCGAGAGGGGGGCGAGAGGACGGGCAUGA